CCCAAACAGACGGAGCUUUUUCUCUGGAACACCCGUGUCGAAUGUAAUAGCUCUUGAAGUUAUUGGUAAGUGUGUCGCCGUCUCUUUAAGGACGGCGUGAAAGACCUGACGGAUAUUUGAGUUUCAGCGAGAAAGUCUAAAGAUUAUUGUAACGAUGCAGUGGAUUCCAGUUCAGUGGAUCGCGGAAGGAAAACAUCAAUCGUGGCCGUGGUAGCUUGGCAUGUUGGUAUAACUCCACAUCAAAGUGAUAACAAUCGUACCAAGAGAAUUUCGGAUUUCAUGGGUGCGGAACGAAAACAAAUGGGUGAAGAUAGAACGGUAUUGGGCAUAAUCUGGUAUGAAGUGGGGAAUCCCAUCCCGGUGAAAGACUUUUAAUCAUGAUCUAGCUAGCUAGCUGGCUAUUUAAGGAGCUAAUUUAGACCGAGGGCGCUUUUCUUGAUUUUGGACCGGCUCCGGCGUUGUUCUUUUUCAUCGAAAAGAAGAUUAGAUCGCAAGUUAGUAAAAAUAAAAAUGCUUCAUCAGUAAUUUAAUUCACUAACACCUGCAUAGACAAAGGAAAAUGCAAAUUACCUAACUAACCCAGCUAUUCCAUCGAAAAUUGUUUGCUAACGUUAAUGUUACUUUGAACGGAACCCAAAAGAACUGUCUAGCCUAUUAUUUGUCAUUCUAAACAAAGAUAGUGUUUGUUACUUAGCUGGCUACAUGUGAGUUAGCCAGGUGGGAAUUUGUGCCAGAUUUAUGCUCUCACAAACAAGCUUAUCACUACCUUAAUAAGACUAUCUAUAAUAGGUAAGACAACUACAAGUUGGUUAUCUCGUUGGAGUGGAUAGGCCUACCGUAUUCAUUCGCGUUUCAUAGUUGGCUAAAUAGCUACUCAUAAACCCGCUUGCCCACUAGUUAGCCAGCUAACGUAAAAUGCAAGCCAUUUGAUAAGAUGGUUGGUGUUGACAAGCUAUCUUAGCUACAAGUAUUAUUGAAGACUCGCUCACCAAGCACAUAGGGAAUAAACUAACUCUGUAGAUUAUCAAAUUGCAUCAGUCCUGAAAUUGAGUAACCUAGCUAGAGUUAGUUUUCUAGUCAGCUACCUACACCCAUUUAGCUAGCUAGGUAGACAUAUGCCAUUGGUCGGCGAUAUUCGCUUAUAAGUGACUGGUUGGUGAUCUUGGUUCCGCCUGUAACAUGGUCGUUCAGCGUAACAUCAAACUAGCUAGCCACCUAUUAGAUAAUGUAGUCGUGAUAUUGGUGGAUGGCUAGCUAGCCAGCCAGCCAACUGUGAUUCGUCGGGAGAGGAACAGAAAAAGAUAUUCGAAUUGUGUUGAUAGAACCACAAUUCAGCUAUAUUGAAGUCUUAGUCAUUUCCCUAUCAUCUGCUGAUUUCAGAGCUUGGACUAUUUUUCGCUCCUUUUAGUAGAAUUGGGCAGAUUUAGACUUCUCGGGUUCAGUGCAAAUGGUCGCUAAUGUAGCUGUCUCUUUGGGUAUUUUGAUGGGAAUUCCAAGUACACGCUUGAGUAGUGGAGUAAUACAUUGCUCCUGAAGAAAGCUAAAGUGAGACCGAGAAGUGUGCCAAACGCCAUUUUAGACCGGAACCUUUGGGUACAGUGUGUGUGCUUUUUCUUUUGGGCGAGGGAAGAACAGUGAAAGUGCCUUGACGACCACGACUGUAAGUGCCUUUGACCAGACAAGGACUGCUGCAGUCUUUGUCUGACAUGGACGGACCAGGCCGAAGCAGCGGCUUCAGGCAAAGCCGUCGCUCCCGUUCGCAACGCGACAGAGAACGACGGCGAAGGAGAACAGACCUAACAGAACAGAGGCCUUCCUCACCCUCCUCGGGCUCGGAGCGGGAUGCUGGCGGAAGAGACGGUCUAGGACGUGGAUGUGGCGGUGAAUGUGGACCCGGGGCUGUAGUCAUGAGACACAGGCCGCCACGCCGGAGAAAGCGAGAUUCUGUAUCUUGCGAAGAAGACAUUAUUGAUGGUUUCGCCAUUGCAAGUUUCAUCAGCUUGGAGGCCUUGGAGGGCUGGGCGGUGUCUUUGCUAUCCUAUUGGGAAAUAUUACCACAAGCAGGUUGUGCUACCUUAGAAGCCAAAAAGAUGGACUGUACUCUGAAGCCCCCAGAGCGUGCUGCAGUCUUCCUUAGAAGGGGAAAUAAGAGGAAGAGGGUUACCAAGGGGAACAGAGGUAGACCAUUUUCUGAGCCUGAAGCAGGAGACCCCUUCAGUUAUCCUCCCAGCUAUCGGGACAGAGCUAGAAAGAGGAGGAGAAAGCGAGAGGCUACUGGUAACUCCUUCCUGGAGACUGGCUACAUUUGUGACACAGAGAGUGAGUCUGGUGAUAAGGCCUCUGAUCAUGAUAUGGAGCCAAUGUUCACAGUCAGCACCAGGAAAGUGUUGGAGUCUGGUCCUCUGAGCAUGGAUUCAUCUGUGACCAAAAGCCACCCGACUUCGUCUUCUCUCUGUGGCCUUCCCCGACUCUCAGUCACCCCCCGUGUUUCAGGACUCCAGCGAAGCCAAGAGAGAAGCCUGGAGCCACACCACCCAGAUUCAUUGUCCUCCUCUUUUUCGUCAUCUUCCUCCACCACCUCAAGCCUACCCUCCUAUUCCCUGACCACUUAUGUCCCCCGCACCCCACCCACGGCUACACUAACUGGUCAACUUGAUGGUGAUGGUCACCUCCGACGCCAUGCACCUAGUCCACCACAGUCCAAAGCCAAAUCUUUUCUUACUUACCCUGGACCCCCUCAGACUCAUUACACCAUAGGCCUCAGCAGCAGGAGCACCCUGGUCAAGCCUCCAUGCACCUCUUCUACCUCUUCCUCCUCAUCUCUGCGCCCCCCCACACCUUCUGUGAAUAUAUCCAUAUCCUUGGGAUGUGGUCCUGGCUUCCCAGGGUCAUUGCGACCCCUGUCACACCCAGCUUCAGGGGCUAUCUUCACCUCAUCCCCAGGGUUGCCUCCACCUCCUCCUCUCCUGCAGGUCCCGUUAAACUCAGCAGAUGCAGCCAGCUCUACUGCUGCAGCCCUUACAGAGCAGGACCUGCUUCGUCAGGAGCUGAGCUCACGCUUCCUGACCUCACAGAAUGUUGAGCGAGAGGGGGGUGCAGCUGGAAGCCAGGCGAGUGGGGGUGCAGUAUCUACAGCAUGUGGGGGCCCUUCUGCCUCCAGCUCAGGCCCUGGGGUCUCUGGUUGUGCCUCUCAGGCCCAGCCAACCAUUCCCCCCUUGGCCUUCCAGUUCCACCAGCACAACCAUCAACACCAGCAUACCCAUACGCACCAACACUUUACUCCUUUCCUGUCUCCAUCUGCCACUGCACCUCCUCUGUUUGACAAGUAUCCAGGCAAGAUGGAGACUCUCUACAGACACCCUUUCUUCCCUCAGUACUCAUCCUCUGUGUCAGGAAUUCAACCUGUUCUCCCCCCUGCUGGACCAUUUAGUUCACUACAAGGGGCCUUUCAGCCCAAGCCUCUGUCCCUCCAGAGUACCAGUCCAGACAUGGCAGCCCGUCUUGGGGGUGUACCUCACCACUUGCAGCCCAAAGACCUAAGGUUGUCUGAGCCUUUCAGGACCUCACUAAGAAUCAAUAAUAAACCAGGAAAGUGGUGUGCCAUGCAUGUCCGUGUGGCCUGGAUGAUUCUCAGACAUCAGGAGAAAGUCAAGUUAAUGCAGGUAGAUCCUCACAAGCUGGAUUUCCACAACAGCCUGAUGGCACGUAUACCUGGGGCAGGAGGUCCGAGUGGGCUUGGAGGUCUAGGUCCGUUAGGACGUGUGUUACCCUCUGCCCAUGAGCUGGCCAGACCUGCCACCCUCUUCACAGCCAGUGGUGGAGUUCACCCAUCUGCAUCUACAUUUGUCCCCCCUUCAACACCCCACUCCUCUUUCAUUACUCCGCCAGGUCAUUUAGACCCAUUUGGCCGCUCACCCCCCUUCACUGCUCUUGGAUCUCUUGGAUCUGGGGCCUUUGGAGGACUAGGAAGCCCCACGCUGAGUGCCAGUUCAGUGUUUUGCCAUAAAGAAUCCUCAGGAGGGUCUGUAGGGGGCUUGGCUAACACCCAUGACACCUGGAAUCGUUUCCACCGCACCCCUCCUUCUUUUCCCACAGCCCUGACCUGGCCAAAAGGGAUUGAAAAAAGGGAUGAGCGAGGGAAAGAAACGGAGAAGAGGGAAUUUCACAUUAAAGAUGAAAAAGAUCGGGACAGUUUGGUGUACAGUCGACACUCUGUGAGGAUGUCUGCAGCUACACCCUCUUUUAAAUUUCAUAGCAACACCCCUAUCUCCCAAAACAGCAGUCUUUUUGGAGCAGUGGGUAGUACUGGAGGCCCCUCAGAGAAUGACCCAGUUCAAGCAUGCAGCCAGGAUCGAGACAGAGAUAGGGACAUUAAGCAGAACUCCACUGUGGAUCCUAAGGCACCUGCACCAGUGUCUUCAGCACCAGAUAGACCAUGUUCUUCCUCCUCUUCUGCUCCCCCUACUCCUGCCCCUCCUGUUUGCCUUGUCUCUUCCCCUCUGGACCAUAAUGCACGUCGGCAACCCGCUCUUACAGCCACUCCCUCAGAUGAAACUUCUCGACCUUUGCAUAGAGAGAAUUUUUGUUCUGCUCCUACCUCUGCCUCGGCUUCUUUGCAUCUUAUGUCACAAGACAAGAAGCCAACACACACCACCACAACAGCCCCCAAACCUACUUCCAGCCACACCCCCACCCAAAUUUUCCCUCCAGUUAAAGUUAAGGAGGAGCACAAAGAGGAGCCAGAACCCAUGCCUAUCUCUUUGUCCCAGCCUUCAAUGCCAAGCCACAGCUAUGAUCAACCCAGCAGCCGACACCACCAUGCUACCCCUACUGCCCACCUCUCCCUUGGCCCACCACCCAGUGUCACACUUGCCCCUCCCACUCCACGCCCCCCCCAUCAUCAACUGUCCCUUUCCCUUCUAGAUCGUUCUUGUGCGGCAUCUACUAUUGAGACCUACCUGGGGGGCAAUGGGGGCAUUGUAGUGGGAGCUGGAGGCGAUUGCUUCGCCUCCCAGUCACAGCCUGCACAACAGUUGCAUUCACAGCCCGCCCACACUUUUCCCUGGGACCCCUGGAGGGAACUGGCUGCCCAGCGGAGAGAGGCAAUUGCAAUGCAUCCUGAGCCUCACCUAGCCCUACGGACUGAUCCACAUUUAGCUCGGCUCCUCCAGCACCAGCAUGCACAGCGGUUCUUUGAGGCUGAAAGGGCAGCAGCUGUGGCAGCUGUAGUUGCAGCCAGCCCCCACCACCCUCCCCUGACCUCAGCCUCGUCUUCCUCCACAUCUUCAAUGCGGCAAGAGUUUAGUCUAAUAUCCCACCAUCAGGAGCAUCCCCCACAGUCAGCAGGGGCCACAGGGAGCCUGCUUGAUGAAGAUCAGCGGACACACAUCCUGCGGGAGGAUUUUGAGAGGACGCGGUACUAUGGAAUGCAACCCCAUCCACACCUCUCAAAUCCCCUCCUCUCUGGCCCCUCUCAUACAGCACAGUUAGACCACCUGCACUCCGGUCUACUUUCCCAUGCACAUACCCGUCAGCCUGGAGCCUCCUUGCCCUCUCCCCACCACCCCAGCUUCUACUCCCGCCUGGGCACCUUGCACUCACACCCCCACCACAUUCCCAAUGGUCUCCUGACUAAGACACCGUCUGCGUUGGUGGCACCCCUGUCGGUCGGGGCACCACCUCCUCUCAUUCCUUCUGUGACACCUGGCAGGGCAUCCACCUCCCCUCGCAAUUCCCGGCUGGGAGGCACCUCUGAACUGGCUGUCUAUAGCACCCCCAAAGACCGGGAGUCCAGAUAGUACAGGGGAGAAGCGAUUUCACUCUGUUGGGGAUUAAUGUGCUCAUUUUACUCUUUUUGGCUGGGGGAAUACAGCCUUACCACCCCCUGAUGGUACAAAAAAAAAAACCUGACUUGGGAGUAAAGGGGAGAGAAUUGACUUGACUGCACAAUUCCACUGUGGUUUUAUCAGUGCAAUUUUAAGGUACAUGGUUUUGUGCCUUGGCUUUAUUUUAAGGAAAUCCUGAAUUGCAACUUGAGUCUGCAAUGGGGAUUGGUUGUUAAUGUAACACACUUCUUUUAAAUUUAAUACUGUGUAUGAAGAGAGACACAAUGGAGGUUUGACAAAUGCUUAACCUGAGUACCAGGUUUUGAAGGAACUUUAUACUGGGCUCGAUUUGAACAGUUUGCACCUAUGUAUUGCAAGAAAUUUGUGCUUGUGUUCUUCUGUUACCAUUAUAUAUAUAUAUACCAUUACAUUUGAGUUGGCUAUUUUAACAUCUUACAGAAAAUGUAACUACCUCCUCAUUUCCCUUAAACUGAGAGGGACCUGUGGUACCAGAUGUAUUUUGUUUUCUCUGCCUCCAAUAGGUGGUGUCUUGACUUUCAAAAUGGCGCACACCUCCAAAUAAAAUGUGUAUUCUAAUUGGAA